ACAGACUGGGACUUUUAUCUUCUUUGAUUAAACCAAAAUGUCCAACCUCGCUGAUACCAAACCUGUCGUCUUCAUCGGCGCUGCGGGCGAGAUGUGCCGAAUUGCUGUGGAACGAUUUGCCAAAGCUAGCAAUGCCCAGCUCAUUCUCGCAGACCUCAACACUGAUGCCGUCGAAUCCCUUGCCGCCAGACUUCCAGCUGGUCGGGCAAAGACUCAGAAGCUCGAUCUAUUUGACAACGCUGCUCUUGCCAACCUAAUCAGCGGUGCAAAACUGGUUGUGUUGGGUGCGGGGCCGUAUUCCAGGACCUCUCAUCCAGUUGUGACGGCAUGUAUUAGGGCCAAGGUCCCGUAUCUUGAUUUCGACGAUGAUGUUGAAAGCACUCAAGCUUCCCUGGCACUCACCGAAGAAGCCCGAAAAGCGGGAGUGCCUGUCUAUAUCGGUUGCGGCGACUCGCCCGGACUGAGCAACGUCAUGGCCAUCGACGCCGCCAGCGAACUCGACUCGGUGGAUAGCAUUGAUAUUUGCUGGCUUGUCGGUGACGAAGCCAGUGUUGGAAAGGCUGUGCUAUAUCACCUAUUACAUAUUGCUGCUGGUCCAUGCUUGACGUGGGUGGAUUCGAAACCGACAAUGAAGGAGUCUUGGGUCGGAACUACUUACGCACCCAUGUAUGCUGAUGAUGGAGAGAGGCUGUUGCAUGAAACCGCUCAUCCAGAGCCUGUGACUCUUCCGCGUCGUUUUCCCAAUGCCACUCGCAUUCAGUGUUUCGGUUCGUUGGAUCCUAAGCCGCUCAAUGGUAUCGCUCGAGGCCUUGGUAAUGCCGUUCGUGCAAAGGCAUUGUCGAUGGAUGAAGCGGUUGAUUUCCUUUAUAAUAUGGCAACCAAUCCUCCUUUGAGCGGUGGACUGGGUGGUUGGGGCGAAGCUUUCGGGGCCCUCAAAGAACAGCUCCGUGGUGGCGAUAUCACUCUCAAGGGGCUUUACUCCUUGGUCAGGCACGCUGUCGGCCCUCUGCGCUAUGCUCUAUGGGGAAUGAUUGAGCAAAUCUGGAAUGGAGAAUGCACUAUCACUGAGGUGGUGACUUGCAUCCUGAACGUGGCAACCGGCACGAAAAUUGAAAAUAGGGGCAAUACACUCGUUAGGGCCAUUGGAAUGCGCGGUGGUGUUCCAACUGUGGUCACAAAGCGUAAUCCGAAAAACGGUAAGAACUCCUACUUGUGUCAGAGUAUGGGUACAAUCACGGGAACCUCAACUGCUGCGUUCAUGUUGAUGGCGCUCGAAGAUGGUCACAAGCGAAGUGGUGUUUUCUGUCCGGAGGACUGGGCUCAGCCAGAAGUCUUUUAUAACGCCUUAGAACGCGUUGGAGUCCCUAAGAACGAGAUUAUCGAGACUGUCUAA